CCUCGAAGUAUUAUUACAAAUAAAUACUAUCACAGUUAUGAACUGCGAUAUACAAAUGUUUUUCUACUUUAGUUGAUUUGAUUUGAAUUAGUUGAUUACUUGUAGAAAAAAAGAAAAUAUUACUAUGAUAGUCACACGUAGUUUUAAUUCCAAACAUGAUUAGUAUUGUAAUUUUAUUUAUCUAUUAAAUUGAUAAUUUUGUAAGUCACGUAAAAAUGGUAAGGGAAUUUGUGAAUUCGAAUAUCGUGUGGCAUAAAAAGACAUUACUUCUUAAGAACAUUUCAACAUUUGAAACAGAAUAUAUUUAUUAUGCUAAAUAUAUGAUGUAAACAGUGAAAAGAAUGUUCAAUGUUCACUUGAAAUAAAAAAACUAUUUGAUGUAUAAUAUUUAUCUAUUCACAACUGCAUUUACAGUGAUUUGUAAAUCAUAUCUUUAAAGUAUUUCCAAAUCUACAAAAUGUUAGAUACCAGAACAUUUUCAUAUAAGAAAUAUUUAACUGAAGCUGUCAUAGCUUUAGCAUGUGUGUUUAUUUUUUGUGAAUAUUUACUAUAUUACCUUGUGCUUAUUCAGUGUGCAUGGCCAGUUUUGGAACCACAUAAAACUGAUACAACAAUUACUGAAUCCACACCAGAAGAAACUCCGGUACAUGCAAUGUUUAUAGCAGAUACUCAUUUAUUGGGCUCAAAAAAUGGACAUUGGUUUGAUAAAUUAAAAAGAGAAUGGCAAAUGUAUAGAGCAUUCCAAACUAUGGUUACUCUUCAUAAACCAGACAUAAUUUUUAUAUUAGGUGAUUUAUUUGAUGAAGGACAGUGGAGUAGUUCAGCAGAAUUUGACCAAUACAUACAAAGAUUUCAUUCAUUGUUUUCAGUACCUAAACACACUCAUCUUUAUGUUGUUGCUGGAAAUCAUGAUAUUGGAUUUCAUUAUGCUAUUACACCAUACUUAAAUCAACGAUUCGUAAAUGGUUUGAAGUCACCAAGUGUGAAAAGAGUUAGUAUUAGAGGGAAUCACUUUGUCCUAAUUAAUAGUAUGGCAUUGGAAGGAGAUGGGUGCUUUUUGUGUCGUCCAACAGAAAUUGCAUUAAAUAAAAUUUCCACACAUUUAAAAUGUGCUAAAGAUAUGGGAAGUAGUUGUAACAAAGAUAAUGCAAUUUCGAGAUACAGCAGACCAAUUAUUUUACAGCAUUAUCCAAUGUAUCGUGAAUCUGAUGAAAUUUGCAAUGAACCUGAUCAAGCACCAGAUGAAAUAAAAGAUAUCAAAUUUAGGGAACGAUGGGAAUGUUUAUCAAAGGAAGCAUCUGAGCAACUUUUAGAUAUAUUGAAUCCAAGACUAAUCAUUAAUGGUCACACUCAUCAUGGUUGUAGAAGAAUACAUAGAAAAGAUAUAUUAGAAUUUACAAUACCAUCUUUCAGUUGGCGUAAUAAGGAUAAUCCUUCACUUUUACUAGGUGUAUUUACCCCCAAUAAUUAUUCUGUAUCAAAAUGUUACAUGCCUGUGGAAUCUACAGAGAUCAAAAUUUAUGUUAUCAGUAUAGUGUGUAUAUUUAUAUAUUUUAUCAUAAAAUGUAGAUUGAAACAAAAUCGACAUUAUCUUUUAAAGUUUCAUUAAAGUUUCAUAAAGACA